AUGUCAGCCCAAGUCCAGGCUGUGGGCAACUUCGUAGAUCCGCUUCCACCCACCAGUAGGGCACCUGGCUUGAAAAGCUUCUUUUGCGACUCUACGAAGGCCCAAAAAAAGACACUCCCGCAAGACCUCCACAAAGUUGAGUUCCACUGCCGGUCCCCUCUGCAAUGGAUCUUCCAGGAGCAAUGCGCCGGCCCUGCCUGCAGCGGGGUCUAUAUACUGCAAACAGUGUCUGGAACCCCACCCCGGUCCCCAUCGGCCCCGAACAUUUCGAUGCAAAAAGUCAAGACGCCCUUCUCGAAGACCGUGACAGACACAAAGCUGGCAGCAAGCUUGGCUCGGGUAGCUCACUGGUCGCCUCGAACUCUUUGUUUCGAUCUUUGGGGCCACUCAGCCGCAUUGUAG